AUGUCGUCUACUUCCCCUCUCUCCGCUAAGAGAGGUAGCGCGCCCCCUGAGAAGGCUGCAGUCGAACCGCCGCCGCUCUCCCUUGACACUCGAGCCGUAUCGUCCACAGCGGUGACGCCUUUGCCCGCAGGGCCGGUGCUAUUGGACACCACAUCCAAAAAAACGAUGAAGACAGCAUCGGCAUCAGCGUCAGAGGGCCCCGCUCAACCCGAGCCUCCGCCGUCCCCGCUGCAGGAGAGUCUUAUUCGACGACUCCUGGCGUCAUGGCAGCAAGGAGUGGUGGCUAGCAUUGGCGCCGUUAUGGGCAUUGGCUUCCUUCUGUACUUCUUGUACACACCUGUGAAGGAAGAUACGGUGCACCAUACGGCCGUGGUGGCAUCUGAAGCGCUGGCCGACGCUCGGCUCAAAGGGCAGGCGGUGCAGCUCUCCAAGGAUGUGGUGCUGGAGGUGCUGCGCAACCCCAAGUCACUCGACGCGACUGUGGAUGUCGUUGUCGAACUGCUGGCGCGCGAAGAGACGAAGAUUGCCGUCUCCUCGCUCCUGCAGUCCUUGUUCGAGGACCACUACACGCAGGAGGUGACGAAGAAAUUUGUUUUGCAGGUUGUGCAAGACCCUUGGAUUCAGGACCAGCUGCAGGUAAUUACGGAGGAACAGGUGCGCAAGCUCCUCAACAGCGCUGCCAUCAAGUCUGAGCUGUCCAGGUUCCUGCUCAAGUCGGCACUGGACUCGCUAGAAAAGCCGCAGCUGCACUACGAAGCGGCGAAGGCAAUGCGCCACUCUGUCGCAUCACUCGUCAACUUCUGGUGGAGCUGA